GAUAAAGAGCAAAAAAAAAAAAAAAAAUGAGGGUUGGUCCCUCAUAAAACCAGAAGUUAGCUGAGGAAGAGCAAGAGAGGAGAAAGAGAAACAAACAAGUAAGAACUAAGAAGUUCAUCUGUGAUAAUGUUGGCAACUUUUACAGACGCAGCAGCUACUGCUUCUACUUCUUCUAUCUUCUCAUUUUCUCUCUCCUCCCCUCUUAAAUUCCAUCAUAAACCCAGAAUUCAUGGUUGUAAGCCUACCUUUAGCCUCCGCACCAAACCCACCUCUUGGAUAACAGCUGCUUCUCUCUCCACCACUACCACUUCCAGUUGUGAAAGCUCAGUGUUUGAUCCAUUAGGUAUUGAGCAAGAUAAGUCAUGGGAUGUAGCUAGUACCUGGGAUGGUGUUCUGAAGUUUGUUUCGCAGACUUUUGAGAGUAGUAGUACACGAAAAGACAGAGCAUCAUCAGGUCGUGGAGUUGCAGCUGCAAUUGAAGAUAGUUCCAUUGAUUUUGGGGACUUCUUUAAAGGUCCAUUACCUGGGAAAUUUCUGAAACUUUUAGGGUUAUUGGCAUUGUCUCGACUUGGGAUAUAUGUGCCUCUUGGUGGUGUGAAUCGAGAGGCCUUUGUGGGUAACUUGGAUCAGAACAGUUUCAUUAGUACUUUGGAUUCAUUUUCUGGGGGUGGAAUCGGACGGCUUGGGAUAUGCUCCCUUGGAAUUGUUCCCUAUAUUAAUGCUCAGAUUGUGUUUCAACUCCUUUCCCAAGUCUACCCAAAAUUGCAAGAUCUUCAGAAAAAAGAAGGCGAAGCAGGGAGGAAAAAGGUUCAGAAGUAUACCCAAUAUGCUUCAGUGGGGUUCGCUUUGGUACAGGCAAUCGGCCAAGUGCUUUUUCUACGUCCCUAUGUCAAUGACUUCACCACUGAGUGGGUUCUUUCAUCUGUUAUCCUGUUAACACUUGGUUCAGCAUUUACAACAUACCUUGGUGAACGUAUCUCUGACCUAAAACUUGGAAAUGGUACAUCUCUACUGAUCUUCACCAACAUCAUCUCGUACUUGCCAGCAUCUUUUGGAAGGACAGCUGCAGAGGCAUAUCAAGAGGGAAAUUACACUGGCCUCGCUGUCAUAGUUGCAUCAUUUGUGUCAUUGGUGUUUGGUAUUGUAUAUGUUCAGGAAGCUGAGAGGAAAAUUCCAAUGAACUAUGCAUCAAGAUACUCUGGUAGAAGUGGAGGACUUCAAAAGUCUGCUUAUCUGCCCUUCAAGGUGAACAGUGCUGGAGUAAUGCCUAUUAUAUUCUCAACAUCAUCACUGUCUCUUCCAGCUACACUUGCACGUUUCACUGGUUUAGAUAUCCUAAAGAAAGCUGCAGUUUCUUUGACCCCUGGAGGUUCUUUCUAUCUCCCAACAAACAUCCUAUUAAUAGCCUUUUUUAACUACUACUACACUUUUUUGCAACUGGACCCUGAUGAUGUGAGUGAGCAACUAAAGCGUCAAGGUGCAUCAAUUCCGCUAGUCCGGCCUGGAAAGAGUACGGCUGCAUACAUCAAAACGGUUCUGAGUCGGAUAUCAGUCCUUGGCUCUGCUUUCCUAGCAAUUCUGGCUGCUGGUCCAGCAGUGGUUGAACAAGCUACUCAUCUCACUGCAUUCCGGGGGUUUGCAGGCACUUCUGUCCUCAUCCUUGUCGGUUGUGCAACAGACACAGCAAGAAAAGUUCAAGCUGAGCUAAUUUCUCAGAAAUACAAGAACAUCGAAUUUUAUGAUCUCGACAAAAACAACUAAGAGUGAGCUUAAGUCAAGGCCUGAGGAUUAAAUUGGGAAGCUUUCCAUGGCGUAAAUAUGUGUUGGUAUUAAUCCCCUCAAAUUGUGCAGUAAUCUGUCUUGUACUCUCAAACUUCUUUACAUAAGUCGAAAAUUUUUAAAAUUAACACAAUGGCUGAGUAUCUAUGAGACUAUUGACACAAAAUCUAAACUUACAACAUUACUGAAUGAUUCUUAAUGGCGGACGAUCUAUUAGAUAA